AUGAAGCUAGCCAACGGCUUCGCUAGAGAGUCGAGGGACUGCUUGCUUGGAGGUUGGGAGCCCGCGCCUGCUGACGAGCUCUUCCGAUUCCCAACAGGCGACUUCGGGCAGUUCGCAUGCAGUCGGGCCUGUGGUGGCGGCCUCUUCGAGCUUCGCCGUCGCAUCCUGGCGGAGGCUAUCGGUGGUGGUUCCGAGUGUCCACCGUCUGACAGCCCGCUUCGCAGCCGCCUCGCAUCGUGCAACGAGGAGCCCUGCCCCACCGGCGAAGUCUUCAGCGCACGUACCCACCCCGAGUGGGUGAAACCCGGUGAUGUGUUCCAGAUCCUCGUGGAGGGGGCUUACCUCGACCCACUGGAGGACAGGGUGGUCCUGCUCACUGGAGGGGAAGAUGCCGAGUGUGGCCAGGUCCACUCCAACGAGGGCCCCGCAGAUGGAGGUGCGGCAAAUGCCUCCGAGAAUGGCACCGCUGAUACAGUGGCGAUGGAGCAGAUUCGAGUGUUGCGUGGUGGAGGUGCAUCGUGCAGGCAGCCGAGCAGCAACAGCACUCACUUAGAAUGUGGCGACGGCCUCGCCAGCCUGACGAUUCCGAUAGCUGGCACCUACCGCAUCUGCAUCUGCGAUGCGUCCGAAGUGGAUCCCGGCUUCAGCAAUGUCUCAGGUGCCAGGGACACGGCAGUCAUCACGUUCGCUGGUCGCAACCCGGGAGCGCUGCAGCCAGCUGGAGGACUUCUGGCUCACCCCAGGCGGGGCCCGCGGCGGGGAUUCUUCAAAUACAUCUCUUCCGUGGCCCCAAAGCGUGGAGGCAACGGCUCCCUGCUGGAGAUCACCGAGUCCCAGUCGGUGGCAGAGGAGCCGAAAAGUGGCCUGGAUGCCGCGUUGGCAGAUCUUAUGGAUGAUCACAGGAGUGGCAGGGCUGACCUGGUCUUCAUCUUGGGUCUUAUUGCCGCAUCUAUUCUGUACUGUCUCGCGAUCUUCUGCGCCUGCUGGUUCUGGCGCUACAGGUGGCGCAAGCGAGCUGCAUGGAGAAGGCUCGCUCCAAAUCUCUUCGCCAACUCAUUGGUGGCCAAAGCGACCAGAGCAGCAUGGGAGGCCUACACACGAACUAUCACGGAACAGGCUCAAAUUUCGUCGGGCUUGGAGGAAGAACCCGACCAGAAAGAUGGCCAGGGACUGGGGACCACCCCUCGCCAGAUCGAUGAUGUCAUGCAGGGCACGCUGACGCCGCCGGGAACGGGCUACUCAUUGAAGAGUGCAUCCUCGAUUUACAGCGGCUCCACCAGCAGCACACGCUCCACCACACCAGGAAAUCACCCCUCGUUGCUCAAGGUGUCGCUGAACAGGGAUCCGGGCUGCCCAUUCUCACCGAAGCAGGUGGCUCCUUCUUGGAUCUUCCUCUCGCAGGACGAGGACUCGGCAGCCGACCCGGCACCAGUCCGACCCGUCCAAACUCUGGCGCUACGCCCCGGCCCCACAGCGGUGGAGCAGGCAGGGCGAACACUUCUGCUUGUUGGACAUGAGCGAGACCUCCCCUCCGAGUGCCCCUUCAAGGCAGGCAAGUGUGGAACGACCCUGGAGCUGCAGUUGCCGGGAUUGGAGAAGAAACUGGCGAAGCUGAAGCGCCUCAAGGAGGAGUAUUCGGAAAGCUCAUCUUCUUCAGAUGCCAGCCCUGUCCGCGAGGCUCCAAAGGGACUGGUCCCGGUUCCGCCCAGCAUGGCACCACCUACACUGCCAGGCCAGCUUGCAUCUGCUCCGCAGCCUGCAGAGGAACCAGCGGCUGUGCCAGAGGCGGCUCCGAGCGAAUCUCCCAGACCAUCGGAGGUCCCCGCGGCCCCAGUGAAACAAGUUCCGUCGUUGUCGAUGCUGAAGCAGCUUCCCCCUCCACCGCCUCUGAAGUCAACAAAAAAGUUGCAGGAAAGCUCACCUGCAGCGGAUGUCAGCCCUGCGUACGAGGCUUCCGCAAAGGCUCCGGCUCCCACUCCACCAAGCAAGGUGCCGUGCAGCCCACCAGGCCAGCUCCAAUCUGUCGCGGAGCCUCAGGAGGAGCCGGCGGUCCCGGAGGCACCGAAGAUUCAGACGCCGCCAAGUGCUCCAAGCCCGACGGCCGUGAAGCAGGUCCCACGUCUCCCUCUGCGUCCUCGCAGCCCAUCUGGAGAGAAGACACCAGAUGCAGUGGAGGAAACCGUCCCUCCUUCUGCCCCUCCGAGGCAGAGGACGCCGGAGGUGACACCCAUCUCGGAAGAGGCGAAGCAGAAAGACACAGAGGAAACCUCGCCUGCGGAUGCCGGCCCUGCAGAGGCCGAGGCCCCGUUCUGGAGACCCUCCUUCCUGCUCAAGCCGAAGCCCAAGGAGCCGAAGCCGCCCAAGGCUUCCGCAAAGGCUCCGGCUCCCACUCCACCAAGCAAGGUGCCGUGCAGCCCACCAGGCCAGCUCCAAUCUGUCGCGGAGCCUCAGGAGGAGCCGGCGGUCCCGGAGGCACCGAAGAUUCAGACGCCGCCAAGUGCUCCAAGCCCGACGGCCGUGAAGCAGGUCCCACGUCUCCCUCUGCGUCCUCGCAGCCCAUCUGGAGCGAAGACGCCAGAUGCAGUGGAGGAGACCUCUCCUCCGAGUGCUCCUUCAAGGCAGAGGAUGCCAGAGCCGUCCACCGUGGAGGAGGCGAAGCCGAAGGAGACGGAGGCUUCCGUGAAGCGCCUGGAGCGGGUUCGCCCAAGCGUGGCGCCGUGCAACCCGCCAGGUCAGCUUGCAGCUCCUUCGAAGGAGCCUGCAGAGGCGCAAGAGGAAUCAGAGGCGGUGCCAGAGGUUGCUCCAAGCACUUCUGCCAACCAGUUGGAGGUCGAAGGCCGCGUCGCGGCGUCUCCAAAGAGCUCCGCAAUGCACGCGCGAAAUCUUCCAACAGGAAGCUGGCAGGACACCCAGGACAAGCUCCAACAGGAGUGGUACUCAAAAUUGGCUGCGGGCGUGGAUGACAACGAAAAGCCCGGCCGGCGCGGGAAGGCUUCCCUGAGGGGAGCUGCGUCAGGGUCACGCAGGGUAGGUGCCUCCUUACGGGGGGCAGCCUCCGCUUCUGCAAGCGCUGCUGGCAGCCAGAUGGGCAGUCAGGCACCUUCGCGUUCAUCGCAGUCUCCGGCCAUGUCGCCAAGGAGUUCCGGAACGGAAGGGUCGAGUCCACAAGCUGCGGCGGCGCCUGCGGCGGCUCCCGCCGGCUUCCCGGGCGGCCCGGGCCCAGCCUUGGGGCCCGGCCCGCCCUUGGGCAGGCCACCACGUGGUCCAGGGCCUCCGUUAGGAGCAUCGCGCGGGAAGGGCCCCAGUGGGCCCACCCCACAGUCCCAGGUCGCACCCAAUUGGGCCUUUUAG